CGAAAUGAUGAAAAUCCUCAAGAACUAGAUAAAUGUAAAAUGUCAGUACAAGCAUUCUAUUUUCGAAAAGAAAAACCAAAAGGAUAUAUGAAAUCUUCUCCAAUGGAGCAACCUAUAAUGAAUAAAAAUCGUUAA